CCGGCACUUCUAUAAUAUCAACAUAACCAAGCAACAGUCUCAGUCUCCACCAACCCACUCGCAAACAUUCCGAUUGUUUUUUUCUUUGUUUUUUAAUUUUCCAACCAAAACGCAAAAGUUUCUCUGUUGGAUUCGCUUGGAUUUCAGAAAUAAUGGUAAUGGCAAUCAGCCUUCGCAGGCUCUCUUCCUCCAUCAAAUCUCCAAUCAGACCUCUCUUCAAUGGCAGCUCCAUAAAGUUCAUGUCGACAGCUGCGGCUGAGAAAGAGAAAGCCCGUGCUAACUGGAUACAUCAGUUGAAUGCUCCGCUUGAGGAGAUCGAUCCUGAAAUUGCUGACAUUAUCGAACUCGAGAAAGCUAGGCAAUGGAAGGGACUGGAACUUAUUCCUUCAGAGAAUUUCACGUCCGUCUCAGUGAUGCAAGCAGUUGGCUCUGUAAUGACCAAUAAAUACAGUGAAGGAUAUCCUGGUGCUAGAUACUAUGGAGGCAAUGAGUAUAUCGACAUGGCUGAGUCAUUGUGUCAGAAGCGUGCGCUUGAGGCUUUUGGGUUGGAUCCUGCAAAGUGGGGAGUCAAUGUGCAGUCACUAUCUGGAUCCCCUGCUAACUUUCAAGUUUACACAGCAUUAUUGAAACCUCACGAGAGAAUUAUGGCACUUGAUCUACCACAUGGUGGGCAUCUUUCACAUGGUUAUCAGACUGAUACUAAGAAGAUAUCUGCUGUGUCCAUAUUCUUUGAGACAAUGCCAUAUAGAUUGAAUGAGAGUACAGGUUAUAUCGAUUAUGAUCAGUUGGAGAAAAGUGCUGUGCUUUUCAGACCAAAACUUAUAGUUGCUGGUGCCAGUGCUUAUGCUCGCCUUUAUGACUAUGCGCGUAUCCGCAAGGUUUGUGACAAGCAGAAAGCAAUUCUGUUGGCUGACAUGGCACAUAUUAGUGGGUUGGUUGCUGCAGGUGUAAUUCCAUCUCCUUUUGAAUAUGCAGAUGUUGUGACAACCACAACACACAAGUCACUUCGUGGUCCACGUGGUGCAAUGAUCUUCUUCAGGAAGGGAGUGAAAGAGAUCAACAAAAAAGGGCAAGAGGUGAUAUAUGAUUUUGAAGAUAAAAUUAAUCAAGCUGUCUUUCCUGGACUUCAAGGUGGUCCACACAAUCACACUAUAACCGGCUUAGCAGUUGCGUUGAAGCAGGUCAGAACACCCGAAUACAAGGCUUACCAAGAGAAAGUUCUCAGUAAUUGCUCAAAAUUUGCUCAGAGGUUGCUAGAAAAGGGGUAUGAACUAGUGUCUGGUGGAACAGAAAAUCAUCUAGUCUUGGUCAAUUUGAGAAACAAGGGUAUUGAUGGCUCAAGAGUUGAGAAGGUAAUGGAAUCAGUUCAUAUCGCAGCCAAUAAAAACACUGUUCCAGGGGAUGUGUCUGCUAUGGUUCCUGGUGGCAUCCGUAUGGGAACCCCAGCUCUCACAUCUAGGGGUUUUAUUGAGGAAGACUUUGAGAAGGUAGCUGACUUCUUUGAUGCGGCUGUCAAGUUGGCCCUGAAAAUCAAGGCUGAGACAAAAGGAACAAAGUUGAAGGACUUUGUAGAGACCUUGCAGUCAGAUGUGAACAUUCAAUCUGAGAUCGCAAAGCUCAGACAAGAAGUUGAGGAGUAUGCCAAACAAUUUCCAACUAUCGGUUUUGAGAAAGAAACAAUGAAAUACAAGGACUAAAGGGGACUCUUUUAUAUGCAAGAUGCAUUUGUUCCAAAACCAUGAAGCCUGCCUCAAGUUCUUGCUGUCAACUGAAGGGCAUAAAUUAGGGAUAAAAGGCUUAGCAUCAACAAUACAAGGAGCAUAUUGUUGUUUCAUCCAUGAGAUCAAGAUGAAAUUCUUUGAAGUUUUUCGUUUUGAAGCGUAAAUCUAUACUCGGUUUUAAGUGCUUCUUUCUCAUAUUAGCAAAAUUGCUUGAACUUGUUUUCCCUUUGGUAAUAUCCAAUAAAAUUUAAAUGAUCUGCGAAAUUUAACAA